AUGGUAGGUAAACCGGCUACCCAGCGUGGAUCACAGGUAUCAGGCUCUCAGCAGCCCAAGCCUAGAUCCAGGACACGCAAUACCACACCCGAGAGACCUCUUAUCCAGAACAGCGAGUCUAGGGACGAGCUGGCGAGGACCAUGUCUCAACAUAAUGGACGUCGACGUAAACGAUCUCUUGACGAGUCGGACGCAGAAGAGGUCAACGAUGCGUCUCCAUGUAGCAGCCCUGCUAAAGCCAAGAAGUCCAGCACCCAGGCCAUGCCGCAGGCUUCCAAGCAUUCACGCACGAAGCCUCCCACAGCUGCCACACAGCCCAUGCCGGAGGCUUCAAAGACCCCACGCCCGAAGCCUCCCACAGCUGCCACACAGCCCAUGCCGGAGGCUUCAAAGACCCCACGCCCGAAGCCUGCCACAGCUGCCACGCAGCCCAUGCCGGAGGCUUCCAAACCCCCACGCACGAAGCCUGCUACGGCUGCCACCAAGCCUCCUACCAUCAAGCCUACAAAUACGACUUUGAAGGUUUCAGCAGGAAAUGCACGGCACGCCGUGAGUGUAGGGGACGAUGAGACUCUCGAUGGGGAGGAGAGAAGUCGAAGUAAUUCGACGGCAACGUUGAUGCCUGGGAGCAAUUCGCAGAGUCAGACGAACGGACACGAUGCUGUUGUAAGCCAGUUCAGCACUAUGAAAAGGAGGACCAAAGACCCUACACACUCGUCAAAGUCUGAAGCAGAGGCCUUCUCCCAGUUGAACCUGUUGACCAGGCGCUAUUUUCUUACCUUCCUGUCAAAUACUUACGCAGACGAACCCGUUCGGGCUAUCUUCCCAGGUAUGAGGAGUGAUCAUCAAGUAUACAGGGAGGCUAAGUAUCGUGUCCAACGUUCGUACAAGACAUGGAAAGGUGAGGUCCUCAAGUGGGCGCUACAGUGGAUACAGCGAUGGAUCAAGAGUGCUACAGGUCUGAAGCGUCAAGCGCUGCGCUCGGAAUUAUCGACGUUUGCGGGUAUCAAGGCGGAGGUCCGCAAGGAGUACGAUUCCAAAUGGCUGGAGAGUGUGUUCAGAUUUGGAAUUGAAGCAGUGGAUUUCGAGGUGAUUACCGAAGAUGGGCUGAGAUUCCUCAAAUAUGCCUUUCUGCAGCUUGUCACGCAUUCCCGCUUGACGGAGCUACACCUUGAGGAUCCGAUCAAUCCAUUGCUGGCAAAGUACACACGCAAGCACCUCCUAGACCUGUUUGACGCUCUCCAUCAGAAGACUGGAUUCGAACAUCAGUCGCUCGAUUUCUAUCCUGAGCGUAUAAUACCCCGCAGCGUGCAGUACAAGAAACGCCCGAAGGUCGACAUUAAUCAGGACUCGGACGCAACUACAGGAGAAUCUGAUGUUGAUGUAGGCGAGGACCAGGUAUCAGAUGUCGACGGCGAUGAGGAGGACGGUGAAAUGGUCUCUGAUGGUGGAGAAGAUGGUAAUAGCGGUUGGUGA